CAAAAAAAGGUACCUUUUCAGAAGAAACUAAGGCCUUCUUCCACUCAUCACGUUGGGAAAAAAACAAUUUAAGGAACUUAGCCUAGAGGGGCACCCACACCACCAACCAAACAACUGGAAUGAGGGCCAAAUUCUACCAGGUCAUUUACAGAAUUUUGCGAUGAAAAGGACCAUUUGUCUGCGACAUUUUGUGGAAAGGUCUUGUCGGACUGUGUAUCAAACCUAGGGCCACUACCGCACAGUUUUGAUAAGAAGUGCAUCUAUAUACAUAACUGCUGAAUCACCAUGUCUGCCACCAAUUCAUCAUCAGGGGACAGUAAGGUAACACCACUGACUUGUGACACUUGUGGGAAAGUCUACUCCUAUAGAUACAGUUACGAGCGGCACCUACAAGCCCACAAAGACGAGAAAGUGUUUGCCUGUGACUUGUGUGAUAAAGCUUUCACGCGAGAGAUCACCCUGGAAUGCCACCGCAAGGCUCACUUGGCCGAGGACAGAGUGAAAUGGUUCAUGUGCCCAGUCUGCGGCAAGGCCUUCCUGCGCCUGGACACCAUGGAGAUCCAUCUCCGCAGCCACACCGGCGAGAGACCCUUCCAGUGCGACUUCUGCGACAAAGCCUUCAGCCACAGCAGCCAUUUAACCAUCCACAGGAGGCGCCACACGGGAGAGAGGCCGUUUGUUUGCGACGCGUGCGGCAAGGCCUACAUGUGUGGGAGCCAACUCAGCAGCCAUCGCGUGCAGAAGCACGGUGACGACGCUCAAGCAAAGAAACCGUUUGUGUGCGACACCUGCGGCAAGGGCUUCACGAUGAAGCACAGCCUGGCCAGUCACCAGAGAGGUCACACCGGAGAGAAACCAUUUGUGUGUGACGUUUGUGGAAAGCCCUUCACCAGCAGCAGUGGGCUGAGAAGUCACCAGAUGACCCACUCAAAGGACAGGCCAUUCCUCUGUGAAGUUUGCGGCAAGGCCUUCUCUCAGGGAUCUAGUCUUAAAAAGCAUCAAGACGUGCACGUCUAUCUGUACAACUACAUCUGCCUGCAGUCCAUCAUGGCGUCAACCUCAAAAGAUGCUAGCCCGUCGUGCAUUUAUUUCUGCAACAUGAUCUGUGGGAAGGCCUUCCUGAACAAUCCAGAAUUUGAGGAGCACCAGAAGAAGAGCCACAAAUCAAGAAGAUCUGCCAUGUCCGAACUGAAGAAGUGCUUCCCACCGGGGACUACUUUCCGGAACACCAUUCCAACCGCAGUAUCAGCAACGUCUCCCGCAGCAUCAGCAACACCUCCCGUUAAUAUAAGUGGCAGGCGUGUAUACCCUUGCUCCGUAUGCGACAAAGUCUUUAAAACAGAAAAACAUCAGGUCCGCCACAUUCGAAUCCACACUGGGGAGAAACCUUUUGCGUGUCCCACUUGCGGCAUGUCCUUCUCGCAAGAGUGCAGUAUGAAAAGGCACGAGAAGAUCCAUUUGGGAGAUGCCAGGGAGAAAAAUUACACCUGCGAUAUUUGUCACAAGGCCUAUGAGCACAGGUUCCAUUUGUCACAGCACAUGAGGUCAGCCCACGCAGGAGAGAGACCGAACAAAUGCGACAUUUGUGAUAAGGCAUUCUGUACUAUUACCCAGUUGAAUGUCCACAAGAGGAGUCACACGGGAAGCCGGCCGUACGUCUGCAGCAUCUGUAACAAAGGGUUUGCACAGGCAAGUCGCCUCAAAACCCAUCAGGUUGUUCACAGUCGCAACAGCCUGGUGUGCAAAACCUGCGGCAUGUCCUUCAGCCAGCAGUCCCAUUUUGCCCAUCACCGCAAGGUGCACUUAAUGAAGAAACCGUUCGUCUGUAACAUCUGCAACCUGGCCUUCACCAACAAGCGGGGAAUGACCAACCACAGGAACACCCACGUCAAGCCGUUCUUGUGUGAGGAUUGUGGCAAGUCGUUUUCUCUGAAAUAUGGUCUGGCCAAACAUCGCAUCAGACGUCAUAAACCGGAAGAAACUGAAGACAAAAGCCAGAACUCUGAUCAGUCUGAAGACACUGCAUGAUUUCUCUUGCAAAAGCCAUUACAAUUUUAAACAGACAUUCUAGGAGGGCAUUUUACACCAUAAUUCUAUUAUGAUACACAGCCAAGUUGUUGCUGUUGUUGUUGUAUAUUAAAUCAAAACACAGCAACUUGGUUUGUAAUUUACUUACUAGCUGCAAUUUUUUUCUUCCUUGCUUUUACAAAAUUCCUUAUAAGAAGGAUAAGGAUUUUAUUUAGAUAUGGAGUUUUUAUCAAACUUUUUCACCAAGUUUAUUCAAACAAAUAA